CGCAGAGAGAAAAAUGAUCCUGGACUCGGAUGCUCGCAAAGGAGUGGACAUUGCAGACGCGAAACGACCAUGAAGCGGAUCGCGACUGCCGGGACAACGAAAACCUCACCUCAGGCUCGGACGACAGUCUAACGGACGGAAUCGAUGGAAGUAGAUUCAUUUCCUCGUCGGUAUACAUCUGCGUUCUGCUUACGGAACUCCACCGCCCGAAGCUGAUUGACCAGGCGCUCAAUAAGGACCUCCUGAAACGUACCUACACUCGAUCGACGUUAGGUCGAAAGGCAAUUGCCGACUCGGAGACCUUCAUCCCUGAUACAAUGACAACAGGCGAAAACACCUUGCGCGUCGGUCCCUCUCCCGCUGGUUACCCCCGCCCCCCCUUGUUCACCGUCGCCGUCAUUGCACCUUCUUCGUCCGACAAUGCAAUCACCGAAACUGUGCAAAGAGCAUAUCGUACCGUAUUUGACACAAAUGUUCCCUGCUAAGGGCCGGCAGAGCCAUCUUCUUACUUUGGACACAAGUCUGUUCUGCCUUGGGGUACACGAGACUUGUAUGAUGACAAAUAGGAGGGCAGUGGCGAGGCGAAGCUUUCUCGUGUAGGUACGAGCAGCCUUGCCGAUCUCAAUCUGCAGGGAUCGCAGUGGUAAGUACUUGUGAGGCCUGUUCAGA